AUGGAAGCUAAAUGUACAAUUCUUAAUGAUCCAUAUAUGGAAGGUUACAUUUGGUUUUUAGCCGUUCAAAAAGAACGUGCAAUUGUUUUGAAUCUCCGGCCUAGAGAAGGUAGGCAAGGUGGAUUUGGGGGGGCAGCAAUCUGCAUUGACCACUUUGCUUUUCUUCUGUUGCAAAUAAAACCCGAUCACAUGCUUGGUGCCUUUGGAAUAGUUGAAAUGGGAUUAAAUAAUAUCCUUCUGGAUGGGGUGGUGUCACCAUACACUCAUCCUUCAGCUUCUAUAACUUAUAUCAGCAGUAUUAGGCUGUCAUUGCCUUUAACUCUUUCAUUCGAAAUUAGAAUUACUGUUGCACAUGAAAUUAACAGUACUACACCUUCUUUAAACCUUUUGAAGAACGAGGCUAGAUCAAUAGCAUCAUUAGGUCGCAUAGAGCCCUGCUUUAGUGGCACAACAAGCGACAAGAUUUUCUUUCUCAUUGCUGACAUUUCUCCUUCCCUCAACCAGAAUGGAAGGGAAUUUCUCAUACAAGCAAACACUCAGAAGCGGCGCAAACUCGAGGAUGACAACAGCUCAACUUCAUUUGAACAUGUGGAGACAGCAGCUGAUACUGUGAAAAAGAUAGUAGACAAUACAGACACAAGCAAAGUGGGUUCAGAUGUGAAUAGACGGAAACAAAGCCGUGUCAAGGGACAAACUAAUUCUGGUAGAGGACGUGGUUCCCGAGUUAGUGAUCAGACCAAGUCACAAGCAGUUUCUGUGUCAAAUGGUCAGCUCGAGAACUCUUACCAGAAGUUGCAGGAUGGUUUGCCAAAAGAGCAAAUUGGGCACGAUCGACAGACUGUAUUCGAAGAGGAGAUCACUUCUUUACGGGCAAAAGUUGUGGCUUUGGAGGAAGAGCUUAAGAAAUCCCGUCAAGAGGCAUCAGAUUAUCAACAUCAGUGUCAACAGCUGGAAAAGGAAUUGAAGGAUCUUAAAGAUUAUGAGCAGCAGACAAAGCCAAAGGUGUGCUUCAUCAGUUGCUUUACUUCUUUUGGUUGGUGAAGUUCUGUUUCUGCCCUAGA